AUGGUCAACCAGAUAGCCGCUCUAACUGGAUUCAGGUUGGUCGGUUCCGACACGGUCUUUUUGAAAUGCACCAUUAACGUGUGCGCCCAUGAUUGUAAAGUUACUUUGUUGUGUUCGUUUUGUAUUUUGAUACUUUCAUCCUUUAUAGCCGACCCCAAGUUCAAGCCCGACCAGAAGUCAGAGCCCGACCCCAAGUCAGAUCCACGCCGCAAAUCAGAGCCCGACCCCAAGUCAGAGCCCGACCCCAAGUCAGAGCCACGUCGCAAGGCAGAGCCCUGCCCCAAGUCAGAGCCACGCCGUAAGUCAGAGCCCGACCCCAAGUCAGAGCCACGCCGCAAAGCAGAGCCCGACCCCAAGUCAGAGCCACACCGCAAGUCAGAGCCCGACCCCAAGUCAGAGCCCGACCCCAAGUCAGAGCCACGCCGCAAAUCAGAGGCCGACCCCAAGUCAGAGCCACACCGCAAGUCAGAGCACGACCCCAAGUCAAAGUGACGCCGGAACUCAAAGAAAGAGUAAAAAACGAAAAGGUGGCAAGCACCCAUCAACUGUUCAUUAUGCAACGUUGAAAUUAACCGUCCGUGACACAUUAUUA